GUCAGCCCAAGCUUCUGCUUUCUCCUGGGUUCCUUGAUCAAGACAUUCAACUUCAAGAUUCUCCGGCGUGCCGUUUUGAAGGUACGAGGGACUGAAAUUUCUGAUUGGAUGCUUCAUAUCAGAUAUCUUGAAGUCACUCCGCUUAAUUUGCAAGAAAAAAGAGACAUCCUGCUUACAGAUUGCAUCGCUGUGAUGAGAAUGGUUCUGAAUAUAUAUUGGAUUCCCCAGAAAUGAGCUCUGCCAGUAACAUUUUGGAUUCUGCAGGAGCAGUUGGGGUGUGUAAUAUGACCCGAAUUCAGCAUAGAAAUGGAAAGUAUGAUGCAGCAGAGAACGCGAUUGCUUCCUCUGGGAAAUCUUGUACACCAGCUCCUGCUUUUGAGUUUUGUGUUAGAUCGGAAGAUGGGAUCAACCUUAUUGUUGAUUUGGAUUCAAGCCUGUCAGACUGGCCUAUGAGACUGGAAAAUGAGGUGUUUACUUGUCAGAAUUUGCAGAAAAACAAAUUUCAAAGUUUUUGUCAGGAGCUUGAAUAUUUAGGAAACGGUAAGAAGGACAUAGAGAGUUCACUUCUCUGGAAUACAGAUUCAGACAAGAACCUGAACAACGGCCAUGUGCAUACUGACUCCUUGCUGAAUUUAAUUACGAAUGAAAAUGAUCAUGUGGGAUGUGGUCAACCACAGAGAGAGGACUGGUCACUGGGACUCUUGCCGGCAAAAUCAUGCAGUGGUUCUGCAGAAAUGUCUGCACAUUUGGAGGAAGGGAAAGAUGUUGCAGUCUUAUCUAGAUUCAGUUCUGAUGUACCAAACCAGAUGGUUCGUGAUACAAAAUCUUGUCCAACAGAUGAGGAAAAUAAAACUGCUGAUUCAAAUGUUUUUGGUGCUAUUCAGGUAAAAUUAGCCCGUGAUUCUGUUCAUAACUUGACAUCAGCUAGUAAAGGUCUUAACUUAUUGGAGGAUCAAAAUUCAAAGCUGCAUAGUGCUAAUUGUGGGAAUAUAUCAGUACAGAGCGCUUGCAGUCUUGAGAAACCAAGUGUGCAAUAUCCUGGAUGUUCAGUAACUGGUUCUGUGGAGAUGCAGCGGUCAGGAGAGGGAAGUCCCAUGAAAGAUCCAUCAUGUUCUCCUUCACUAGAUAAUUGUUCUCUGAAUUUGGUCGAUAAAGUAUACAAUGUGGAGGCAGGAGAUGGCGAAUUAGUUAUCUCCACUGAGAUUAACCAUGAUGCUUGCGUGAACUUCACACCAACAUCUUCUGAAAAAUGGGAAAGGGGGAGCCCUAUCAGCAGAACUGAGACUUCAGACAGCACAUUAGAGAAAAGGUCGGAAGACUUGGUAUCUGAUGGAGGACAUAAGAGGAGGCAUAAAGGUGAAUCUGACAAUGCUUAUGGCGAAUGUGACAAGAGAAUUUUAAGAAGCGCCAAGCGUCUAAGUGGACAGAUCAUCCCCAGAAGAUCCUUGCGAUUGGUCUCUAAGAAUUCCUUUCUGAAGAAUUUUGAUCCUCAAAUGCUUUCGAAUCAUAUAAUCGAUUUGAACUGUGCAUGCUGUCCAAAUGGUCCCUGA